AUGAGGACAAUUAGUCAAUUGAGAUUGCAUACUGACAAUUUGCUUAAAUUUAAAAUAUCGUUUCCUGUACGUUUUGCUUUUUAUGUUAUUCCUUUCAGGCAAAUGGCUGAUUCAGAAAAAGAGGUAAUAGAUCUGGCUGAAACAGAUAUGGAAGAUACUUCUACAGAAAAACAAACAGAAGAAAUUACAGAUGUUGCAGAUUCUAACAAGGAGCAGACAGAUGGAACAAGUCUAACUUUACAGCAGGAAUACAACAUAGAUUCAAUAACACAAGAAUUGGAUAUUGCUGAGGAACCAAUUCAAGAGCAGGAUGCUGCUAUAGAACAAGUACAAGGUCCAGAUGCAUUUGAAAACCUGAACAUUAGUCAGGAACCAGUACAGGAUGCAGGUAUUGCUGAGGAGCAGUUGCAGAGGAUAGAUUAUGCAGAAGAUCAAACCACAGCCAAGGAACCAGACAGAGAGGAAGAGCUAGUUGGGGGUGUGGCUGUUGCUGAAGAAUUGGCAUUGGAGUUGGACACAGCAGAAACAGAAAUUGAUGCAAUCCCCUCAGAUAUUUCAGAAUUCCAAGAUUUUGAUUACAAAAUCAAACCAACCGUAAUUGAGACAGAUGCAGCAGCAUCUGAAAGUACAGGUGCCAGUGAAGGUGUUCCAGAAGGCAUAAACAUGACAAAUUUGGCAGCUCAGCUUUCAGAAAUUAUAAAAAAUGCUAUCGUAACAGUUAAAUUCAUGCUGCAUCCUGAUAUCCAGAUUUUCACGAAGUUUUUUAACAUUAAUCAGAAUGUGGAGCAAAUCAAGCAGUACUUUGCAAAGCGAUUAAAAAUACCACUGGAUAUUUUACAAAUUAGAUUGCUAGGGAGGUUAAUAGAAAAUUAUGAAACCCUCUGGAAUCUUGGUGUGCAACCUAAUGGGACAAUACAGUUCGAUAUGUACUCAUUAGACAAUGAAAACUUUCCACUCAAAGCAUACAAGCUUCUGCAAGAAUACUAUAUGCCUGAUGUUAUAACGGUUCGAGUUCAAACAGAGCCAGACACUUUUCAGGAUGUAUGUAUAGAAAUUAAAAGACCAUCAUUCGAAAAACCAUUCUUGGGUGGAUUUAGACAUAAAGAAACAGGAACAGAAUAUCAUAAUGCAGGAUCACAGACAGAUCCCAAAAAACGUCCAGACAAAGAAUAUGAAGAGUUCUGUAGGUCAACACAGACAGUGGUAGAAAGAAAAAAAUUACUAGAGACCACAAAUACAACUUCUACACAAAUGACAAAAAUUGGGGUUUAUGUGUCAAAUGUCACUGAUAAACUUAUAGAACCAAAGCCAUAUGUGACAGCUGAAGAGUAUCAUGCACGACGACUUAAGGCGACCAUUAUAAUCCAAACCUAUUAUCGACGAUGGCUAGCUAUUGAAUGGGUAAAAAAACUAAAAGAACAAUUGAGAUUGAGACUAGAAUGGGAAAGGCAAGAGGAACUAAGAAAACAGAGAGAGAGAGAAGCAAAAUUGUUAAGAGAGUAUAAUCGAAGAAUGUAUCCCAAAACAAAGGAUGAUUUUGAAUUACUUUAUCAUGCCUUAGAAUUAUGGAGAAAAGAGGAACUUGAGGGCAUCAACUGCACUUUCAGUGGAGCUGAACGGAAAGCAGCUCUCUGUGGACUUCUAGAAAAAGAGACCCAGCUGAUUGCUUGCAUUGGGAGACACAAAAUAAAUGCAGCAGAAGACAACCACGAAAAAGCAAUCCUGUCCUUUCUGGAAAAGUGUGCAGAACCAAGGAGAUGGAAAGCAUUUGAUGGCAGAACCACAGAAAUGGAUACACAAUUCACACUGCGGGCCAGGGAAUUACUUGGAAUCUAUCGCAGCAUUAGUAUGAAAGAUCUUCCCCAGGAUGAGCGGUUAGAUGUGCUGUUAACUCUGAAACAUACGGUGAAGGAACAUGAAUGUAAACUCACACAAGAAAUAGUGGAAUUAAUUGAUAGAGAAGCAGACCUCAUGAUGAGGGCAGUGAAAGAAUGUAAUUUACAAGGACUUCGACAAAGAAUCUGUACAUUAUUUCUUCAGUAUAUUAAAACACCACUUUUUAAUCCAGAGGUUGCACGACUUCUCAAGGUACCAGCUGAUCCAAUGAAGCUUUAUCACAACAUCUAUUUUUGCCUGGAUUGCAAAAAAUAUCUACCUUCUACCAGUUUUGCUAUAUCGGUUAGUUCUUGUACCAUCGGCCGGUGUCGUCAGUGCUGCAAGCUGGAUAAUGAGGCUCGUAAGAGGGAAGCCUUUUUGAAGUACAAGCGGAUGCUUCGAAAUCUCAGAGAGUCUGAAAUGAAGUACAACGAUGGUGCUAAGAUUGCCUUUAUACUUCAGCUGCAAGAUUUACACUACAUGGUUGAACAUUUCUGGGAUUCUCAGUCAGCUCUUAGUGCUUGGGAUGAUCUGUAUGAUUUGGUCAUGGUUAGGUGGAAUAAGUGGCAAGAAUGGUCUCCCUGGAACACGAUUCUCCUCAAAGACGAUGAAGCUGAAGCUCAUCUUAAACUAAGUGAUCUUGAGAAGGCUUAUGAAAAGGUGUUCAUUCACAGAGUAAGGCACAAACAAAUGCUUGCAAGGAACUAUUUUUCUCAGUUCCCAGAGCUGGCAGCUACUCUUCAUAAAAGUGACAAGCAAACUAAUACAGAAGAACUUUCAGUAAUGAAGUCUGUAACAACUGCUUCAUCAAAGUAA